CGGCGGGGCCGGCGGCACCGCCCGGAGCCCGGCACCGGGGGAAGGGAGGGAAGGGAGGGAAGGGAGGGAGGGAGGGAGGAGGCGGCAGCUCCCGCCCUCCCCGCGCCUCUCUCCGUGGCCGCCCCGCCGCGCCGGGGAUGCGGCAGCCGCUGGGCACCGCCGGGCCCCGGACCCCAUGGGAUGUCCCCGCCGUCGCCUGGGUGGUGUAGGAUUUUGGCAGAGCUGGCCAUGAUGUUAUGGUUCGUGGUGGGUGCCCUCUUCCCAGCGCUCCUGGCUGCUCCCCCGCCCAUCAACAAGCUCGCCCUCUUCCCGGACAAGAGCGCUUGGUGUGAGGCCAAGAAUAUCACCCAGAUCGUGGGGCACAGCGGCUGUGAGUCCAAAUCCAUCCAGAACAGGGCCUGUCUGGGACAGUGUUUCAGCUACAGUGUCCCCAACACCUUCCCCCAGUCCACAGAGUCCCUGGUUCACUGCGACUCCUGCAUGCCAGCCCAGUCCAUGUGGGAAAUUGUGACACUGGACUGUCCAGGAAAUGAGGAGAUCCCCAGGGUGGACAAGCUGGUGGAGAAGAUCCUGCACUGCAGCUGCCAGGCUUGUGGGAAGGAGCCGAGCCACGAGGGAGCCCUGUUCAACGUCUACCUGAACGCCGAGGAGAACAUCCCUGCCGAGGGUCCUGGCCCCCACCACUACACCCACCACCAGCAGGAGCUGGAGGAACCUCCUGCCUCCAGCCACCACCACCACGAGGAGGAGGGCGAGGAGUGACCUGUGCAGACUGUCCUGGCAGGGGGGUGUGAGAGGGAGAGGGUUUGGGGAGGGGGGUGGGUGGAGUCUUUCCUGUCUAAUUGCUGCCCUCACGCUUUGCUCCCAGACACCGUGGCGCUGGAAGAACAUUUUGAGGCACAGGCAGGGCUGGAGCUGCUGAGUGGGACAUAAGGGCUCGGUGUUUUCUGAUGCAAAACUACUUGCACAUCAUAGUAAUAAUAUAUUGAGAGGAGCAGGAGCGUGGCUGGGGGUUUGGGCUGAGAGCAGGAGCUGAGCAGGGCUCCCAGGGCUGUCUGCAGGUUCCAAAACUGUGUGGAGCCCUUCUGGGGUUUUGUCUUCUAAUGGUUCCUGCCUAGGGUGGAGGAAGAAGGGAUGCAGCCUCUCCACAGUCCCAUGGGAGAGGCACAUCUCUCCUGGGGGGGUGAGACCAGCAGCAUCCCUUCUUCCUCCUCUCUCCCUCUCUGCUACGUGGGCUCAGCAUGGACACGCUGUUCCUCCUGGCACCUGCUGGGUCUGGACUAAUCUAACCCUAACACUUUGUAUCAGGCAGCUCUUGGGGAGUGUUUUGCCCCAGGAUGUGCCUCUGGGGCUGCAUGUGGGAGGUGUCUGGGUACUGUGGUGGUGACAGCCCUUACCUUGCUGUCCCCAGGACCACCACAUGGCUCCUUGGGGACGAGGGACCUGGAUCAUGCCGUGAGUGCUGGGGCUUCACAUUUCGUGGCUGCAGGGGAAAGCCAAGAGCCAGGGGGAGGUUGGGUAGGAGCCAGCCCUGCACCCCCUCUCCCUGCUGCACUUUAUUGGUGAUGGAGGGAGAAGGGGGCCUGAGGGCCAGGAUGUCCCCGUGCAGGGGGUGCUGGCAGGGCUGGGGAGGCUCGGGGUGGGCCCUGUGCCCUCCUGCUGCCCCUCUCUCUCUGUUGUAUAAUGCUGAUUCUUUGGCGCUGUCCUGACAAGAGCUUCCAGAGCUUGUAAUUGAUGCCUCCCCCUCCUUUUGAUGAGUUUUGUUUUGGUUUUGUUUUUUUUUUUUUUUCUUAAAUAAAUUAGUUCUGACUUCCAUUGCUCA